AUGCAUACACACACAUACAAACGUACAAACAUACAAAAAUUCACAUACAAAAACAGUAACCACCGGUACAUCGAAGUCAGUAACUCCAUGCUUAAACUCUUCAUAAAUGCCGUUUCGUUGAAAGACAAGGGGCUAUACAAAUGCGUUGGAGAUAUGCAGGGAAAAUCUGAAACUAAAUCAAUAUCCCUUGAUGUGUUUCGUUACAUUACAUUCAACUCGGCCCCGACCAACCAGCAUCCCACUUUGCACUCCAACGCCACCAUCGUCUGCAUCGUAUCCGGAGAUCCUGAACCUAAGAUAUCCUGGAAGUUCAACAGCUCCAGGAUUAGAUUCAAGAGCAAGUCAAACAAAAAGUACGAGAUGCUUCCAGAAGGCCUGCUGGUGUACAACAUUAGCAAGGAUGAUAAUGGCGCGUAUUCAUGUCAGGCCGACGUUGAAACGGAAGGAAGAUUUGAUGAAAAGAUCAUAAAUGUCGAUGUUUACGAGCCACCAAAGAUCACAAAAGCUCCUGGCGAGAACAGAUGGGUGGAGGGUGAUGACGUCACAAUGACGUGCUCAGCUCAAGGCUAUCCAACUCCGAAAUUUAAUUUUCUAAAGAACGGGCAAAAGUUGGAAAUGACCGAUCGUAUAAAGUUGGAUUCAGAGAAUGGGCUCUUGAAGUUCAGCCCUUUGAAAGUUGAUGACAAAGGGGAUUACGUAUGUGUGGCCACCAACGAUGCUGGCAGUGACAGAGGGGAUGGUGUAGUCGUCGUUUUGGUGAAACCGGAAGUUUACGAAUUUAAGAACCAGACAGUCGUCGAAGGCCAGCCAAUCAGCAUGGAGUGCAAGUCACGCGGUGACCCUGAACCAAACGUCACCAUUGCGAAAGUGGAAACAGAGAAGAAAGAAGAUGAUGACGUUGGCGAUGACAAUGGUAUCGCCCGAAUGGACACAUUCAAGAAUGGGGUCGGAAUUUUGAGGAUGAUAAUUGAUAAGUCGGUACCAUCUGACGCAGGGGUGUACAAGUGUGAAGUUGCUAAUGAGGUCUCCAAAGUUCAAAGUUCAGCGCACCUGACCAUCGUUUAUAAACCAAAAAUUCUAAAUAAGAAAAAGCCGCCGGCCUCUGUGAACGCGUGGGUUGGCAAGACACGCAACGUUUCAUGCGAAGUUGAUGCUGUGCCACCCUCCGACAUCAAAUGGUACAACCACAAGUCACCCAUUGAAAAUGCUAACGAAACGUACAAUUUAUUCAAAGUCAACGACGGAUUGAGUGUUCUUCAGAUAACAGUAUCAAAAGAGGAUGAAGAAACAUGGAUUUAUGGAGAGCUAACAUGUGAAGCCAGCAACGAAUAUGGAAAUGAUAAUGUUGCUAUCGUGCUGAAAAAAGCCACUGUUCCUGGAAUUCCUAGAUCCGUAAGACACCUUGAAAGUCUUCCCACGGGAUUCCUACUGGACAUUGUCGAUCCCGACGAUAACGGUGGCGAGGUCAUUCAGGGUUACCAGGUCGAGUAUCAAGAGGUCAAGGAUGAUGGUCAGUCUAUUGAAAUAAAUAUCGAAAAAGUUCCAUCAUCGUCAUCAUCGUCGUCGUUGUCAUCUUCAUCUGAGGAACAUCCUACUUAUAUGCAUAACCUUGCUCACGUGACUAGAGUUGAGGGCAGCAAAUGGAGAGUAGACGGCCUUGAACCCAGCACGGAGUACGUGAUGAAGGUCAGGGCCAGGACGGAGGUGGGGCUGGGAGGCUACAAGAAGGUCAAGGCCAAAACUGAAUCAACUCGCCAACCUUACCCAAUUAUCAUCAAACGGACCAAUUAUUCCGAGGCGUUCGGUCACCUGAUCGAGUGGGAAAAACCUAUCACUGGGGGAUUUCCAAUCUUGGAUUAUGAGUUUCGAUAUAGGAUGAAAUCCAUAGAUCAAGGUCAAGUGGUCUAUUCUGAUUGGCUGACGAAGACCAAAAGUGACCAUGCUAGCCAUCCAAUGUCGUCAUACUUCUUGGACGACCUUGACGACAAUACAACUUAUGAAGUUCAAGUUAGGGCCAAGAAUGAGGUUGGCUGGUCGGAUUUCUGCCCCUCGCUAGAGUUCACCACAAAAAAGGCAUCAGAGGCAGAACAGGCGGCCCGCAUUCAACAGUCUAGCUCCCCCAUCCUUCCCCUCAUCAUUCUCCUCCUCAUCGUCAUCAUCAUCGUCAUCCUCGUCAUCAUCGAUGUCUCGUGUUAUCAUCUACUCGGUUGCGGUGUGACCAGCUGUCUGAUGAGGAGGGCAAGGAGAGGUCAAGCUCAGUUGGGGUCAACUGAAAAGGUCAAGGUCAUGGAAGAGGGAGAGAAGUGA